GUCUAACAUUUGACCAGCUUUCAUUAAAAGAACAAACAAACAAACAAACAAACAAACAAAAACAUAUCAGAACAUUUGGGUCAGCGAGAAAGAAGAAACGAUGACAUGUACUACGGAACUCUAACCGCGUACACCAACUCAGUCAGAAGAUCAGCACUUAUGUAGAAGGGGUGGUGCUAAUGGGGCUGUUAUAGAGACAGAAUCUUUGCUCUAAAGCUCAGUUCAGUAACGAUGAGUUACACUACACACUCAGAAAGAUGCCACGAUCUAACAACCUUCUGGGAUUCGGCGCAACAAAAAUGCAUCCAGUGUUUGUCUACCCCUAUAAAGCCAGGUCAUGAAAUUACCCCCAAUUGUGGGUUUGAUGAUGACGGAGGGCGACACGAGGGAAAAACAAAACCGUGCAAGACAAACACUUUUAACAAUGGCAGCAGCUUCUACUGCAAACCCUGUAGCACGUGUCCACUUGGGUUUCAGACUGAGAGACCUUGCAACACAACAGCUGACACCGUUUGCGGCAAGGUGCCUGUUACACAAAGAAUCCCGACAACAAAUUUUCCUGUCACAAAACCACCAACAACCUCACAGGAUGCUUCAUCUGCUACCAGCAGUGCAUCAACGACUCUGGCAUAUCAAAGACCUAACUUGACACCAACCCCACCACCAUCAGCUCCACACAGUGUGUCAGGGGCAGCCUGGGCAGUACCAUUAGCCAUUUUAAUUUCCAUCGUGCUCGCUGCCUUGUCUGCUUAUGUGUUUGGUCUCAAACGGAAAAGAGCAAAGGCUUUUUGCAGGCAACCCUCAUAUAUAAAUGACGGAUUCGCCCCCCUGACAGGUUCAUCUAAUGGCAGUGACGUAGAGGACAUACUUUGUGCAGACAUCCUGUCUGCACCUCUACAGACCGUGCUGGACAACUUGGAUGUUUUGGAAGAGCUGGUGAUUUUGCUGGAUCCAGAGAGCCACGUAAGAAAGAGCACAAAACAUCUGGCGUCGCACUGCGCCUUCCCCUCCACCUGGAUUACUUAUACCUACUCUAUGAAGGACAGCAAAAGCCCCCUAAAAGCUGUGCUGGAGGGGGUGACCUGCAAGAACCCCGACUGGACUGUAGGGCACCUGGCUAAACUGCUCAAACACAUGGAGCGUAAUGACGCCAUAGCUGCUCUUGCAAAACUUAAAACAAAUAAGACCGAAGUGUAGCGACUGUUUACCCUGACUCCCAAAAAGGCUGCUACGAGCACGGAGAGAUAAAAGGCAGGCAUUAUGCGUCCAAGUUGAUGACGGGGGAAGUCAAGCAUUCCAUAAAAAUUUAAAUAGCUUCUUCCAUAUUUGCAGCUUCAUUUGUUAUUACGUUUGAAUAAUUAAUGUAUGAAUGUAUUAUUACCUACCUCCUGGAAAACAUUUAACCUCAACUGCUGUAUCCCAUAUAAACUGCUUAACACUUGCAUGAAGGACAAAGCACAGAAUCAGAAUUUUAGCCAGGCUUUAUCUUUACCCAUCCAGCUUACGAGAUGCCUUUUCCUCCAGUGAACUCAACCAAAACUCCACAGUUCCUGUUUUUUCCCCACCAUCAUAUUUACCGCGACAGUAUUCUUGUCAAAACAGAACAAAUGAGUAAUUUUUUAAAAAAAAUGUUAAUCUGUUUCCCAUUGUUGUUGCUUUUAUAAUACUAUUGACCUAUAUACAAAUAAAAACCGUCAUUUCAUCAAA